ACUAGCUCGGGGGUUUGCCUUGAAAUAAGCUGUGACGUUUCGCAGUCAGUAUCCUAACGCGAUCGUCGCAACACUAACGCUCGAUCUGCCAACCAGUUAAUAAUUUUUUUGUCUUACUCUUAAUUCCACUAGGCCUACAUGGAAUAUAACAAAAGACCUGGACUAUUUCAAAUCUAGACGUUGUUUUCGUUUGCUCUCUUUUCUAAACAUUAUGUCCAUUCAGAAUAAUCAACCGCGGAGAAUGUCGAAGACAAUCUUGAAUACCAUUGCUUUGGCACUGCUCCUCUUGGUUUUGUUGAUGUGGCUGUCAUCUCAUCAAUCGUCAUCUAGUCCCCAGCUGAUAACUGCGCCUACUGCUGCCUACAGUCAAUUAGUUACAACAACCAGCACUUAUUCGACUAGCGCCAUCGACGGACACCCGGAAGUUGAAUCCAUGUCAGCCGAGGAGAUUUUCCGCUAUUUGCACUGGACCAACAGCACGACAUGUCAAUUCGCUGUCGAUUUCGGUUUCAUGAUAUACGGUGCUGCAGGCCUAUUUGCACCGGACGGCCACAAAGCUGUCUGUCUCGACAAAUCCAUCGCUCCCGUCUACAAUAAUUGUCUUGUCUACUCGUUUGGCAUCAACAAUUUGUGGUCGUUCGAUGAAUCCAUGGAAAAGUUCGGAUGCCAAGUCUAUUCUUUCGAUCCAUCUAUGGGAGUGAAAGAUUACAAUCGGACUGAGAAAAUCCAUUUCUACAACAUCGGCCUGUCCGGAGUGGAUGGAUUGCAUCCCACUAAAGGAUGGAAUAUGAAAACGGCCUGGUCCAUCUAUGACAUGUUGGCGAAUAGUCAUGGGUCCUCAACGCUAAUCGAUUUUCUGAAAAUGGACAUCGAGUUAUCCGAAUGGGAAGCUAUUCCUCAAAUGCUACGAAGCGGUUUCCUUAGCGACAAGGUCAAACAACUGGCUGUCGAGAUUCACUUUGAUGCAGGCGACUCUUUGGAAACUCUACGGCGAUAUGUCCGCAUCCUGCAAGACCUCGAGGCCAUGACUGGAACUGAGCGAGCUGGAAAAUUUAUUCGAUUCAGUUCGCGGCCCAAUCCUUGGUGCCAGAAACCAAUUUCGAUUUUAAACGGGAAAGAGGAAUACUUCGCAAUGGAAUUGGCGUGGUACAACUCAAAGUUCUACUCAUUUUAGUAUCCAAUCAGCAGACAUUGGUGCCCCAAAUAAAAUUGCCCAUGGACUUGAUUAUUUCGUGGAUUUGAUGUCCAUUUCAAGCAAGAACAAUGCUUACUAUCUAUUCCUAAAUAAACUGUUCUGCAUUUACGG